AUGGGAGGAAAGAAAGCAGCAGGCGAGAACUCCAAGAAGGCUGCCGGCCAAGCUCGAAAGGCCGAUGCCGCUGCGUCGAAAAAGGCCUCCGAGGAUUCGAAGCGCGCCGUUGAGGAAGAUAAGGAGUGGACUAAGGGAUCCAAGAGUAGUGCUAAAAAGGAGGACGCCGAAGCCAAGAAAGCCGAAGCUGCCCGUAAGAAGGCCGAACGUGACGCUCUCCUUGCCGAAGAAGAAGCUUCCCAGCCCUCCAAGGCCAAGGGUGCCGGCGCAAAGACGGCGCAGAAGAAGACCCGCGGUCUGGACCUCUCUCAUCUCGACGACACACCUUCCAGCAAGAAAGCCUCUGCACUCAAUGCCUCCGGUAUUGACAAUGCGCUGGAUGCUCUCUCUCUGACGGGCAGUGAUCCUUCCAAGGUGGAGAAACACCCUGAGCGGCGAUUCAAGGCGGCCUAUGCGGCAUUUGAAGCCCGCCGUCUCCCAGAGAUCGAAGAAGAGAACCCUGGUCUGCGUCGACAGCAGCGUAUUGACCUGUGCCGGAAGGAGUUCGACAAGAGCGAGGAGAACCCCUUCAACCAGGUACAUGUUGCCGUCAAUGCCAGCAAGGAAGAGAUUGCGCAGGUCCGGGAUUCAGAGCGCAAGAAGACGGAAUCUCGCCUGGGCAGAUAA